AUGCCACGUGACAAAGCCGUGCUGCAAGCACCUGGUUGCGGCUUUCAUUCAACAGCGGAUUCCCGAGCUGGCCGCGCCACCGACCAAGAUGACGGCACGGGAGUACAGCGAGUUUCUACUGAAAGCAAGACAGGAAGUGGUGCGAAAGGGGGGAAGGUUCAAUUUCAAGACGUGAACGCGUGUUGCGUUCGGUUGAGAACUAGUGCUAGUCUAGAGAAUACUAAAAUGAUCUUUCAUACGACGUUUUUCUUCUCUUGUCCUUUUAUCGUGGCAUAUUCCAAGCGAAUGCAUGUACUCGUUUAG